CAGUCUCCCAACCAAGAACAAUCUGAAAACCCACCCCAUAAUAUUUAAAAGCUGGGACAAAGAAGCGUCAGGACGAAGCUGCUUCCAUUGCAAAACGUCAGCGCAGCCUCCCGAGCGGUCCGCCGCCAGAGUCUGGAGCAGCCCCUUAAAAAAAGCGGAGUACAGUAUCGGGAUUUUUGAAAACUGAAACCUAGAAACAGAAUCGAAGCGGAAACCAGAAGGAAAGCCUUGAACUCCUCCAGACAAUUGCUUCCGGGGAGUUCCAGGAGCGCGAGGGGGAAUAAAGGGCCCGCGAGCAGGGCCCCUCGGAUGGCGCGUCCCUGAGGGUCCAGACGAAUUCGAGGCGCGUGGGAAGCAGAGGUCCCUACCCUCUCCCUGGGCUGCAGGUCAUGGCCACCGUGGAGCAGAAAGCCCUCGGCAUUGGCUUCAAGUGUCUCUCCUUGGCCACUUUUGUGCUCAUCUGCGCCGGGCAAGGGGGACGCAGGGAGGAAGGGGGUCCAGCCUGCUACGGGGGAUUUGACCUGUACUUCAUUUUGGACAAAUCAGGAAGUGUGCUACACCACUGGAAUGAAAUCUAUUACUUUGUGGAACAGUUGGCUCAUAAAUUCAUCAGCCCACAGCUAAGAAUGUCUUUUAUUGUCUUCUCUACUCGAGGAACAACCCUAAUGAAGCUAACAGAAGACAGGGAACAGAUCCGUCAGGGCCUAGAAGAACUCCAGAAGGUCCUGCCGGGAGGAGACACUUACAUGCAUGAAGGAUUUGAAAGGGCCAGUGAGCAGAUUUAUUAUGAAAACAGUCAAGGAUACAGGACGGCCAGCGUCAUCAUUGCUUUGACCGAUGGGGAACUCCAUGAAGACCUCUUUUUCUAUUCAGAGAGGGAGGCUAACAGAUCCCGAGAUCUUGGUGCAAUUGUUUACUGUGUCGGUGUGAAGGAUUUCAAUGAAACACAGCUGGCCCGGAUUGCGGACAGUAAGGACCAUGUGUUUCCUGUGAAUGACGGCUUUCAGGCUCUGCAAGGCAUCAUCCACUCGAUUUUGAAGAAGUCCUGCAUCGAAAUUUUAGCAGCUGAACCAUCCACCAUAUGUGCUGGAGAAUCAUUCCAAGUGGUCGUGAGAGGAAACGGCUUCCGGCAUGCCCGAAACGUGGACAGGGUCCUCUGCAGCUUCAAGAUCAACGAGUCAGUCACGCUCAAUGAGAAGCCCUUCACUGUGGAAGAUACUUAUUUGCUGUGUCCAGCACCUAUCUUAAAAGAAGUUGGCAUGAAAGCAGCGCUUCAGGUCAGCAUGAACGAUGGUCUCUCUUUCAUCUCCAGUUCUGUCAUCAUCACCACCACACGCUGUUCGGAUGGCUCCAUCCUGGCAAUUGCCCUGCUGAUCCUGUUCCUGCUCCUGGCCCUGGCUCUCCUCUGGUGGUUCUGGCCCCUCUGCUGCACCGUGAUUAUCAAGGAGGUCCCUCCACCCCCUGCUGAGGAGAGUGAGGAAGAAGAUGACGAUGGUCUGCCCAAAAAAAAGUGGCCUACUGUAGAUGCGUCUUACUAUGGUGGGCGAGGCGUUGGAGGCAUUAAAAGGAUGGAGGUUCGCUGGGGAGAAAAGGGUUCCACAGAAGAAGGUGCUAAGUUGGAAAAAGCAAAGAAUGCGAGAGUCAAGAUGCCAGAGCAGGAGUACGAAUUCCCCGAACCUCGAAAUCUCAACAACAACAUGCGUCGGCCCUCUUCCCCCCGGAAGUGGUACUCGCCAAUCAAGGGAAAACUGGAUGCCUUGUGGGUCCUACUAAGGAAAGGAUAUGAUCGUGUGUCUGUGAUGCGUCCACAGCCAGGAGACACGGGGCGCUGUAUCAACUUCACCAGAGUCAAGAACAAUCAGCCCGCCAAGUACCCCCUCAACAAUGCCUACCACACCACCUCGCCGCCUCCUGCCCCCAUUUACACGCCCCCACCCCCUGCUCCCCACUGCCCUCCCCCACCCCCCAGUGCUCCCACCCCUCCAAUUCCAUCCCCACCUUCUACCCUUCCCCCUCCUCCUCAAGCUCCACCUCCCAACAGGGCGCCACCCCCCUCCCGACCUCCUCCCAGGCCUUCUGUCUAGAACCCAAAGUUCAUGCUCUGGGCUCUUAGAAACUUUGGGGAGGAGGCUCCUCUGUGGUGUUAGAAUAAGUCUUUCCAGUUAGGGGAGGCUUCUGCUUUGGAAAUGAGUGGUGAUAAAGCCCACUGAUCUUCACACACCUUAAAAAUUGGUUUGUAAUGCCAAUACAUCGACAAUUGUGAUCAGCAGAAAGAAAGAGAAAUUUUGAAAUGCCUCUAAACAAAUGAUGAGGCAACUACAGUCACAAUUAUAGCCAGCCAGCCAUCACCUCUAGAAGGUUCCAGAGACAGUGAAACUGCUGAGAUGCUCUAAAUGGGAUUGUGUCUCAUGGAGACCAAUAAGAAAAUCAUUUCUCUGAGGGUGAAAUGCAGAGUCGGAUGGAUGAGAAAUAACAUUGCUGGGUUUCUAAAUGCUGCCUUCCCUCCUCCACUCCACCUCCAUCACUUGACCCUGGACCCUUGGCCUAGGAACCAAGGAACCCUCACCCAAGAAAGUGAAAACCCUUUGCCUACAACUUUGGGAAAAGCUUGGGUUCUCCCUUGUGGCAAGAAACUCAACAUCAGACAGGUAUCUGACAGGUAUCUGAACAAAAGCAUGUUCGCCUGGGAUUUGCAGAGGAAUAAAAACAUAUGCCUUAUUUUACUUUCAAAUUCUCCCAGUUUCCAAGUGAGGGAGAGAGCAGGUGUUUACAGAUGGAAAAAGGUAUGUUGCCACGUUGCUGUGUAAGUGAAAUCAGGUGUGUGCAUUGACAGGCGAGUACUGAUGAGAGCAUCAGACAGUUUCUAAAACCCACAGGCCAUCAGCAGCUAGAGGUGGCUGGCUUUGGCCCGACAUGGUCCCCUAAAUCAACAGACAUGGCAUUGUUGAAGAGCAACCUGUUAAUUAUUCAUCUUAAAAACCAAGAUUUGGCUUCAGUUUAAAUCACUUAAGAUACGAAGAAGUGACUGAUCCCAUUUUUUAGAGACAAACAUGAGUUGAUCUUCCCAAAAUGGUGUCACUAGCGCCUACCAUACAAUUUUGCUGGGGUUUUUUUUCUUUCUUUUUUGGUAAAGUUGUGUACCAGAGACUUCUAUUCCAGCUGAGAGACAAGGGUCCUAACAUAAUAUGGAAACCAUCCCCACAUGCUUUAAUUAACCACAAAAAAAGUCAUGUAUGUGUAGAUGUAAAUAUAUUUCUCCUUGGCUUUUCAACAUUCUCAUAAAUAUCAGCUAUCAACCCAGGAGGAAUACACUAGAUGUUCUGCCUGAAAUUCCCACCAGGCCUGGGGUACACCCCAUUCCUCCAAGUCUUUCUGAAUCUGUUGUCAUCAGUAAACCCUAUAAUCACUUUCUAAACAUUGGGCUUCAUCAACUAGGGUAAAAACAGAGGGCCAUUGUUGAGCACCUCCUAUACUAUCCUAUUCAAAAUUAUCUUCCCCUCCAGCUUCCCACAGGUCUUAAAAUUCCUCUCCCAAAGUGCUCAAAGACUUAAAUCUUUUCUGGAACAAAGCAGCAUAUAAAAUAAAUAUAAACCUAGCACUUUGGGUUAUGAUCUCUAAAGAUCCUUUAAGAACCCAUCAAGCCAGCCUGAUUCUUGGACCUUACUUAGAGACAUAAGGACCUGGUAGGCAUUCCAGAAACACCAGUUCUUGUAGACAUUGUAGAUAUGGCAGACAUUACUUAUCAAUCACAGCACUAUCCAUGAAGCCCAACAAUUUCUUCAACAGUCCUCAGAUCACAACUACAAAGAGCCUCCAUUCAUCAGUCGGAAUUGAGAGAGAGAUGAGCCCUAUUUUCCAUCCCUGCUUUAGAAGUCAGAAACAAACAGGAAUUGCAUGGAGAAAUGGGGAACUCUUGGGCAGCAAAGGUACAGUCGGGGGAAAAUAGAUCUAGGCAGAGUGCCUUAUUGGGGGGCCAUAUGCACUAAAUCUGCAGUGCCAAUGCCAAACUGACACUUCUCCAAGUGUACUUCAGACCAGCCCUUCUCCUGACCUGCCACUUCC